CCGCAAACGGCGGGCCUCACCUGGGACCGGAGACUCCAGCAGAAGCGCAACGACCCGCGGACCGGGUGAUCGCCGGCGUCCCUGCUCACUUCUCCGACUCGCCACCCCGCCCCUAGGUUCGCCGCCUCAGCCGCCCCGCCCGCCCGCCGCCGGUGGGCGCUUCCCUCCACUCCCCGCGACACAUUGCAGACGCUCCCCGGCGCCGGGCAUGGGCGCCGCCGCCGUCGGUCCCCUGGCCGGAUUCCGCGCGCGGGUGGCCCUAAGGAGUUGGGCCCCACUUCCCGCGGGAUGUCCCUCCAUCUGUGGCUGCCGUUUCUGUCCAGUGCCCCUGAGGCGCUUAGCUGCCCGGGUCCGCCGGAGGCCGGCCGUGCCAUGAGUGACCGAAACAGCCGGAGGAGGCCACUGAAGAAAGACGAUGAGGCCUUCGAGAUCUCCAUCCCCUUCGAUGAGACGCCCCACCUAGACCCACAGAUCUUUUACAGUCUGAGCCCCUCUCGGGGAAACUUCGAGGAGCCUCCGGAAGCUGCGUCCCCGACUGUGGCCCUGAUGAACGGGGUCAGGGCCCAGCUGCACAUGGCCCUGGAAAGGAACUCGUGGCUACAGAAGCGCAUCGAGGACCUGGAGGAGGAGAGGGAUUUUCUGCGUUGUCAGCUGGACAAGUUUAUCUCAUCUGCCCGCAUGGAUGCAGAGGACCACUGCAGGGUGAAGCCUGGGCCCAGACGGGCGGAAGGAGACGGCCGGGGCGGGGCUGGGGGUGAGGCCUCAGACCCCGAGUCCGCGGCCUCCUCGCUCAGUGGAGCAUCUGAAGAAGGCAGUGCCGUGGAGAGGAAGAGGCAGAAGCAGAAGGGAAGCGCUGGCCGGAGGCGCUUCGGGAAGCCCAAGGCCCGGGAGAGGCAGCGGGUGAAGGAUGCGGACGGUGUCCUCUGCCGCUACAAGAAGAUCCUGGGCACCUUCCAGAAGCUGAAAAGCAUGUCUCGGGCCUUCGAGCACCACCGAGUAGAUCGCAACACGGUGGCGCUGACCACGCCCAUCGCAGAGCUGCUCAUCGUUGCCCCGGAGAAGCUGGCUGAGGUGGGCGAGUUCGACCCCUCUAAGGAGCGCCUGCUCGAGUACUCGCGCCGCUGCUUCCUGGCUCUGGACGAGGAGACCCUCAAGAAGGUGCAGGCCCUCAAGAAGAGCAAGCUGCUGCUUCCCAUCACCUACCGCUUCAAGCGGUGAUCCUGCCCCUCCUGGCCCUGGGGAGCGUGUGCAUGAGUGGUGUGCUCCUCCGGAGGGCCCGGGGGUGGGCCGUGUGUUCCUGCGUGUGCCCCUCCUCCUCCUCCUGCAGAUCUCCACUCUUGCCCCGUGUCCCUUGUAUAUAGAUCUGAUCCCAUCCUUACUUCUCACGUUCCUAGCAUCCUCCCCUUCCUCUGCAUCCCCUGGGGAGGAGGUCCACUUAGCCAGGCGCCCAAGAGCUACUGCCCAGGGGUUCGGUGUCUGCCCUUUCCUGGAGGCGGGCGCCCCUCCCCCCGUGAGCUGCACGAUCAUGCCCUCCCCGGGCCCUUCCUCCUGGAGGAAGGGGUGGGGGGACUGCGAGACUCUCUGCGGGGCCGGGCCCUGUACAUACCCCGUGUCAACCCUCAGCCCCGAGGAGAGGCCGGCCCGUUCUGCCAGGAGCUCCCUGCCCGCAUCCCGGACUGCCCCGAGUCCAAGUGAGAAAGAAUUAUUCAGAGAAUUUAAAUUAAAGAGAGACAAUAAAAUUUGGAAUAAACGAG